UGCGCCUCAAUGAUUUCCUAUAUGACAACGUUAACUGCAGUCGGCUGUGGGAGUUGGGUGGCCAGCAAGGCAGGAGGAGAACGCCAGUCGCCCAAGAUGAUGCAAGGAGGGAUCCUCGAUGGGGUUGGGUGCCAUCUGCAGUCCCAUUUGGAUAUGGCCGUGUCAAGAUGCAAGUGCGUGAUAUCAUGGGCAAUGUGUGGAGCGCGCAUUAAGUGAAUGGCAUGUUUUCGUUCCGUCAUUUCGACAGAGAAGCAACUGCAGAGGAAAAGAAAGCGAUGAGAUGCAGGUCACGCAAUGCACGCAUUUCUGACCCGCCACUCGGCAAUCCUGUCGAGUUGGCCCUCGCUGAAGGGAAGGUGUUUACUGGUGAGAAGCGCAUCACAUACGUCCACGUUAUGGGGAAAGAAGCCACAUUUGAUGGCAUCUGUAUGGACAUAUGGGACCAUACAGCAAUGCGGAAGGAUGUCGUUGCAGCCAGUAACAUUGCGGCGCAUGUGAUUCAAGAAGGGCAGUUGUACCCGCAUGUGGCCCGUGACAUGUACGGGUACCAUAUCAACUGGGUACCUGGUUCUUUGCAUCCAGCAGUUGUUGAUGGCAAAGUGACACUGGCAGCAAGGAUGCAAUCCGGUGAGUGGCUGCCUCUGGGUUGGAUUCAUGCUGGCGUUGUGGAGCAUUGGCAGUUCUUGGUGGUGGUGACAUGUGUUUCCGUUUGCAAUCCUCAUGUGAGGGACCGACGAUUGCUGGAGGAACACGCUCAACGUUGUUGGGAGAAGAUAAGGGAGGAAGAUCGGCAGAUGGUGUGCAUGGGAUAUGACGACCACAAUGACCAGGCGAUGUGGUUCAUUGUGGAAGACGCGUGCACCGACCAACCACGACCCUCAACGAAUAACUUAUUGCUGGAGGGCAUUCGACGCAGAUAUGGGUGCACAUCACUACUUGGGUGGGUUCCUGUCGUCUGUCCCAUGACAUAUGAGCAUGGGGAACAGAUGUGCAUGAGAUUGAGAGACCCUCUAGGUGUCCCUUUCCAGCUCACGUUCAUGGAUGGACUGCCGCUACACAUUCAGUACGCGGGUGAUGACGACGGUCGUGCUGCAAUCAACCCUCAACAAACAGCACAGCAGCAGCAGGACAUUUCACAUUUUUCCUUUGAGGUCGACGCCCCGGAAACGACACAUGAUGAGGGAUGUUCUCACGCACAGCCCGACGACGGUGACACCCCUGUGGAGCACGUGACAGGGAGGGCAGAGAAGAAGAAGAAGCGAUGCACGUCCAGGCCGCCUCGUCAUCCCAGGAGUCCCACAAAAGCAAAAGGCAAAGAAAAAGUUGUCCCACGUAGAGGCGAGACUCCCAAAGCAGCCGCUGCCCCAGCUCCUAAGCGCAGGCGCCGCCCGGGGAUGGCAGCAUUGGCAGAGAUUCGGCAACUCCAACGAUCUACUAACUUGUGCAUCGGUUUGAGGCCGUUUAUGAGGGUAGUGGGCGAGAUCGUCGAAACAGAUAUCACACCGGGGGAGUCUAUGAGGUUUCAGAUGAGCGUCAUACGUGCGUUGAUGGAAGCGGCGGAAGCAUAUCUCAUCAACCAUUUCGAGAGAAUGAACAUCAUCUAUCCACUACAAGAGGGUGACGAUCCAGCUGAAGGACCUGAGGCUGGAGGCGAUCGGUCGACGGGUAUGGCUGCAGAGGCUGGAAAGAGACCCAAGAGGGUGGACGAGGAACACUUGUUCCCGUUCAUGUGGAAAUCAAGAAGACACGCCAUAUCGAUAACAAAACGGGACGUAUUGCGAUUGAGUGUCAAGCAGUGGCUGAACGAUAACGUGAUUGAUAUGUACUUACAGUCCGUCUAUGACGAAGAUUUUCCAGACGGAGAGAAUAUGACACUUUAUGUUUGCACAUCUUUCUGGCACCCCGCAGUCAUCGCCAAUCAGAAGGUUUAUGUCGCGAAAGCGGGAUGGCAGGGGCGGAUCAAGAGUACAUCGCCAAAGCUGCAUCGAAUAAGCAAUGAACUGCGAGCAACAAGUGUUGUUCUCAUCCCUAUGAAUCACGAAAACCAUUGGAAAUUGCUCUUGCUACUGAAUGUCGGUCAGUUUUUGGCAGUCACGGAGGACAACGAUGGUCAGAAACGACCUGUUGCGAUUGUCAUCGAUUCCUUUCAACAAAGCGGCUGACAGGAAUGGAAGGCGUUGCGCACAUUUUUGUGGUAUGAAUACCUCAGCGAGGCAGACAAAGCAGGGGUGUUGACUCCCGACACAGUGGACACGUCGUGCGUGACAUGGAGAUAUCUACUUGGAUCUAAGAUAGUGUACGCUGAAUGUUCGCAACAGACCAAUACGUCGGACUGUGGUGUUUACGUUUGUUGCGUGGCAGCUUAAUUGAUGCGAAAGCUAGCAAAACUGAGUAAGCAAAGGAACAUUACCGCAAAAUAUAUAACAAAAGUUGUUAGCGCGA